AAAAGGCUGCACCUGGUAGCGGAUCACCUUCGCCCUUCUGGGUGCCAGGAUGUAGUCCAGCUGAGAGGCCUUCCCCCUGCUAUUCCUCCACGUAGCCCUACCCCCGAAGUCUUUUCCAACAUUGACCAUAUUUGCGCUGAUUUAGUAGAAAGUGAUCUGUUAGAUUUCUCGCUGUGGAGAUUCCCAGGACCUUUACAAUAAAGACAAGGAACACAUAAUUUCAUGGACUGAGCUAGCAUUUCUGGAUGAGCAUGUCUCUUGCACAGCGAGUGCUCCUCACCUGGAUCUUCAGCCUCAUCUUCCUCAUCAUGCUGGUCCUCAAGUUGGAUGACAAAAUCCACUGGAACUGGUUCCUCGUCUUUCUUCCCGUCUGGACAUUCGACACCAUUCUCCUGCUCAUGCUCAUUGUGAAAAUGGCUGGCCGCUGUAAGCCAGGUUUCGACCCGCGCAACGCAGGCGACAACUUGAAGAAGCGAGUUUGGUACCUGGUGGCCAUUUUGUUAAAGCUGGCCUUUAGUCUACUGCUAUGUGCGAGGCUGCAGGAUCUGACUAACAUCUGGCUGAGUUUCAUUUGUAUCCCUCUGUGGGCUCUUCUUAUCGGCGCCAUGGUGGAGCUCGGCUACAACGUCUUCCACUUCUGAAGAGACUGAGCAGGAAGACACUUAUUAACUGAGCAGGAAGUUGUAAAUAUAAUUUGUGCACUGUGUAUAACACUCUUAUUUAUAAGUGUCCAUGUGGUUUAGAAUGACAACACAUUUAGGAAUCUGCUGCCUAAGAGCAGGAAUAUCUGUUCCUAAAGAUUGAAAAGCUUAAUUAAUGGACACAUUGGUGACUGGUGAUGAUUUACAGUGAUGCUUGAAAGUUUGUGAAACCUUUUGAAUUUUCUAUAUUUCUGCAUAAAUAUGACCUAAAACAUCAGAUUUUCACACAAGUCCUAAAAGAUGAUAAAGAACUAAAUUAAACAAAUGAGACAAAAAUAUUAUACUUGGUCGUUUUUUUUAUUGAGGAAAAUGAUCCAAUAUUACAUACCUGUGAGUUGCAAAAGUAAAUCAGGGGACCACUCCUGAGGAGGGUAACAAUGGUCUUUAAUUUUCUCCAUUUGUACACAAUCUGUCUGACUGUUUUUGGUGGAGUCCAAACUCUUUAGAGACAGUUUUGUAACCUUUUCCAUCCUGAUGAGGAUCAACAACCAUAUUUCUGAGGUCCUCAGAAAUCUCCUUUAUUCAUGCCAUGAUGCACUUCCACAAAUGUGUUGUGAAGAUCAGACAUUGAUAGAUCCCUCACUCACACCUGAUUGUUAUCCCAUUGAUUGAAAUCACCUGACUCUAAUUUCACCUUCAAAUUAACUGCUAAUCCUAGAGGUUCACAUUCUUUUGCCACUCACAGAUGUGUAAUAUUGGAUCAUUUCCCUCAAUAAAUGAAUGACCAAGUAUAAUAUUUGUGUCUCAUUUGUUUAAUUAGAUUCUCUUUAUCUACUUUUAGGACUUGUGUGAAAAUCUAAUGUUUUAGGUCAUAUUUAUUUACAAAUAUAGAAAAUUAACAAACUUUUAAGUACCACUAUGUUGUGGGUAGCAGGUCCUACAUGCCUACAUUUUUUUUUUUUUUUUUUUUUUUUAAAUAAAUCCUGUGUCUCUUUGGAUUACACAAUUUCCUCUUUACCCCAAAUGCAGGCAAUCAUCCAGGACCUAUUUUGUGUAUGAAGCAUUUAAGUUUUGCACAGGAUCUAUUAUAUAAUGAUGCUAACAAGUAAAGGGAACUUCAUAGCUUCCAGUUUAGCAUUGUGCACGUCAUGAUUAAAAUAUAACAUUCACCUCAAAUGUCAAACUUUUCCUGAGCAACUCCUACACAAAAUAGCACACCUACAAAUCAAACUGGAAUUGUAUUAUCAUCUGGAUGACUUUUAACUACAAUUCUGCAUUCCAGAAUGUGAAACUGGAUGCAAUAAACCUGCCUUAUUAACAUAAGUUACCACUGGAGCUACAUGGUGAAAGAAGCCGGCCUUGCAUAUCAAAUGUGUCUUUACUUGUUCCUUCAAAGUGUGUUUAGAGAUUUCUCCUUGCAGACAUCUUGUUGAAUUUUGGGUAUUAUCACAAUUGUUCACUUGUUAAAUAAUUGUGCAAUCAUCAAAUCCACACUGUAAAAUAGUGUUCAAUUGAUGCUCUCCAUGAACAGUACAAGAUGCUUGUCUCUCAGCAGAAACAAAUUGCUUGUUAGUGCUUUACAUUAAUGUACACUAAACUAACAUUAUUUAUUGCAGUAGUGUUAACCUUAAUGAACCAAAAACCUCAGUUUUAAUAAACUCAAAUUAGCAAUGUAAGUGUGCACCUGUAUUAAUUGAUGAUUGUGUAUAUGCUAAAUAUACACUCCUGUGUUAACAAAUUAAUUAAUUCCAUGCAAAAUUUACUAAAGGAACAGUUGAAAAGACAAACAAAUACACCUUUGAAAAGCUGCAUUUUUUUUUUUGAAAAGACAAACAAAAGUCCUCUGUGCUGAAGACCUUGUGUUGGAAAAUUUUAUGUUACAGAUUUACUUCUGACUGUUACAACAUUCUGACAAUGGAGACUUCCAAAAUGUUGAUGAUAACAUUGACAUUAAUUAAUUGUUUGUGUUUAAUGUUAUUUUAGUCUACAUUGAUGUAAAGUGUUACUUGUAUUUGAAAGACUUUUAGAAAUUUCAUAAGUACCCAGUGCAGAAAGAUUCCUCAUACAGGUCUGGUGUCCAGACAUAACUUAACUAACUAUGAUUAAUCUUGUGGACAUGCAGCCAAACAACCUAAUAUAACGAAUCAAUAUAACGGCAGAAUCCAACCAUGGAAACUGACCAGUUAAGGGUCUUGCUCAAGAGACCAACUGUGGUUCUUUACGAAUGCAUUUCCACCAGUAGAGUGCUGGAACUUGCUCAAGGGCCUUGGAUUUGAACACACAACCUUCUGAUCAGUAGCACAAAGCCUUAAUCACUGAGCCACCCCCCCUCUCCCUCCCAAAAGAGACAACUUUCCAUUUCGGUUCCGACACUUAAAAACUUGCUGGUCUGAAAUUGACCAUUUGGUUAUGUUGGCGCUCAAGCAAGUCAAGUUAUUUUACAUGACCACCAAUGAAAAGGUAAACACACAGAGUGUUUAAAGAUUCAGUGUCUUUCAUCUUGUUGGUUAUCUUUAUCUAUGACAGUGUUUUUGUGCUGUGUGUAGACGAUGAAUGAUUUGUUCUCAAAGCCAGAAGUAAAACAUGUAAAAUUC